GAGAACCCCGUUCCAGAGACAUGGAAUUACAUAAAGUUCAUGCAGAGAAUGUUUGACUCUGUAACUGCUGAAAUCCGACAAUUGUGUCAGGAAGUCCAUAUACACUCCGGGUGCGAUGCCGUGAAUCCAAAUCCCUGAAGCAUUCCCUUCGUUUGAGUGUUGACGAGACCAGACACCGACUGGAAGAAGAGAUGAAAACCCUGCAGGCCAAAGAUUCCGACCUCCAAAACCUUCAGGUGCGUGUCGACCGUCUGUCGAACGAACUGGAGGUCUGUCGGGGACGACACAAGAGUUCCAGAGCAACCCAAGCCCGCCUUAGGGCAAAGUGGGAUAGCAUGCAACAGUGCCGAGUUGGCCAGGACCAAAGGAUCAACCUGAUGCGUGAUCUUGCAAUCUUAAAGUCCCGGCAGGAUGCUUUCCAGGAGGCCUUAGACAAGAAAGUGGACUUGGAAAAAGCUUUGAUAGAUGCUGAGAUAGACUUUGCAGCGGCUGAAUCUGCUAUGGCAAACCUGAGGAUAUCUGAGGACAGUAGUUCUGAUAGCGAAGAUAAGGCUGCCUCUACUCCUGAUGAGGGCGAGCCAUCUUCUCCUUGAUUCCCCAAAAUAUGGACGGGUCAACUCCUAGGCUUGCAUGCCUUUUCCUUUGCCUUCAAGCCUCUCUAUGUUAUGAAGUUUUA